AUGUUGAAAACUACAAGUUUUGAUGAAAUGCUCAAUUUAUACAAGGAGUUGCAAUACAUUAAUUUACCUGCUCGUAGGACACUUUUCAGAUGUGGUGACAUUGGCAAAAACUUUUACAUCAUUUUGAGAGGCAGUGUUUGGGUAUUCAUGAAAUUUAUCUAAGGUAUUGGUUGGUAAAAGUGGACUUGGAGAUGAGAGAUUAGAAAAAUAGGAAAAGAAGCCAGAUAAAAAAUAUGAUAAAAAGCAGGAAAAAAAACAUGAAAUUGGUAAAGAGUUUGAUGAAGGAGAAGAAUCAGUAUACUUUUUGGCUAAUUUAGGAUGAAGAUCAAUAUGAAGAUUUGGAUGAUGACAAAAUGCUUGAAAAUAAAUAUCCUAAUAUGAUGAAGGUAGGUAAGAUAGAGUAGGGAGGCAGUUUUGGAGAAAUAGCAUUAACUAAUUCAGUGCCUAGACAAGCUACAAUUGUGUGUGCAGAAAAUUGUUAAUUUAUUAAAUUAUCAAGGGAAGCUUUUAAUAAAUUUUUAUGUAAUUCAUUUAAUAUAUGUAAUAGCUGAGUAUUAUACAAGAAUUUAAAGUAAAAACUUCUUGUUUCUUAAAUCAAUUAAUAUUUUCUCAGAUUGGUCAGAUGCAGACGUAGGAUUAAUACAAUAUCAUCUACAAAAUAUUGAAUACACAAUGAAUACAGUUAUCUAUAGAGAAGGAGAAUUGAUUAAAGGAGUCUAUUUCAUUGUCUCAGGAGUAGUUGAAAUACAAUAAAAAAGCAAAUCAAAUCAUAAAAUUUAAUAGAAUCAAUUAAUUCAUAAGCAAUAGAUUGUACUCAAUAGAUACUCUGCAGGAUAGGUCUUUGGAUUUCUAGAAAUUUUGUAAAAUAAAAAAGCUAGAGAAACUAAAGCAGUUUGUUUAACUGAAAAAGUUAAAAUACUCUUUUUAGAUGAAGAUGUAAUAAUUGUUUAAUUUCAAGAGAUUUAAAUUGUAUUGUUGUCAAGGGUAGUCUUAAAAAGUCUUAGACAAAAUGUCCAAAUAGAUGGAGUACACUUUUGAAAAAGCAAACUUUUUAUACUAGGAAGCUUUAAAGUAAUCAAAUCAAUCUUUGUCUCUGAAUCUUGCUGAAAGUGACAGUUAUUUGUAAAGAUUAAAAACAGAAAAUCAACCAGUUUGUAAAACUAAUAGAAGCAAAAUAGUUAAAAGAUCAUUAGAUAUAUUAGGUAAUAUAUCUCAUCAAUCAUCAAAAAUUUUAAAUUAUUGUGAAUGCGUCUCUGCAUUUAACAAAGAUAAUCAAGUGAAGUUGAACUUAAAUAAUCCAUUGAUUCAAAUUGAACCUAGCAAAAGAGUAAAAAUGCAAUAAAUACAGUUUUAAUAACUGUAUUCACCAGGCCCUCCUCCUACCUCAAGAAUUCCUUAAUUUUCUAGUAGGGAUUCAAGAUAAACCAUACUCAGAUAAUUGAAAUUGCCAAGUUUAUUCAAAUUAUAAUAAUCAGAAUAAGAUGAUAGAAUUUCUAUAAGAUAAUUAGAUCCUGUGAUUUGA